GUGCAGUAUCAUCCUCGGCCAGCGGUUUCCGCUCAGCUUCUCCGGCCGCUCUCCCUACGGCCCAGAGUCCUGUGGCAGCAGGACUGAAAACUGGAUACCUGCCUGGUGCAUAUCAUCCUACAAGGUGGCAGUACGUGUCCUGGUGUCCUGUUUGGAAGGAUUCUGAAGGCUUUUCAGACUCUCAGACUUACUGUGGUACUGGAUUCCAGGGCCACACGGCUUUUGAAGAAACAAGCUUACAGGCAGGCGGAGGGGGAGUGGGAGCACAGUCUGGCUCUGCUGUGGAUCCUGAGCCCCAAGAGAAGAAAGCCCAGCAUAUACAUUCAGCUCCUGCCACCUGCUGUGCCCUUGCCCCACUUGACCUGGGCAAGGCAGCCCAAGGUCAGCAGUGGCUUGGCUUUGACAUCUGACCCCUCAGCUUUCUGUUCUGUCCUCCUUCUGGGAGACUUGUUCCUCCAAAGCUGUGAAAUAUUACAUUAGAUGUAGGGGCCUAGGCCUAGCUAGGAGCUUCAUCUGCAUUUGCAGCAAUUUUAUUUAUCACUUUUGAGUAGGCCUAACUUCUAAAAUGGUCAUGUAAGAGUUGCUCUAACAGGUAUAUGUUCUCUUCAUUUCUUGAGUAUUUUGUUAGCAAGCCCCCUAGACGGGAAUGCCUUUGUGCGGUAUUUUGUUAUUAUUCUUCUGUGUUGCUUCCAACUUAAGUUUUUAAGUUGUGUUCAUUCCCAAACUCCCCACUUCUCACGAAAGUAAGCAAAACAUUCAAAUAAAAACCAUUUUAAGUUAAUGUAACCCUAAAAUGUUUCUGAAAAACAAAAUCUUUUAAACAAUAUACUGAUGGAUAGUCAUUACCUUUCCCUCCACUACUUACUGCCUGAGUUGUCAACAAGAGAAAAAAAAUUACCCUUUGAGGGCAUACAGAGUAAAGUGAGAGUUACCCGCCUUCAACCAGACCCAACGUCCUUUCCCAUGCCCAUCAGAAUGGACUGCAGGUUCUGAUAAGAUGCAGAGUCAAGGCUCUUUUUCCUUUGACUGGAGGCUUGCUCCUGGCAGAAAAAAACAUAUUUUGAGCAACUGCCAGCAAGCAAGUCAAAAGCUGUGCUCUCCCCUAGCAGGCUUGCAAAAAUAUUCUAAAAGGCAAAUCAUUUGCUGCAUUUCUUAGUAGCCAACUGUGGAUACCUCUGCUUGGUCAGGAGGCAGUCCAGACAGGCCCUGGACAGGUAACAACAGCUGGCGAGGCCUGAAUCUUCAUCCCAGUCCCUGCCCCUGUUCCUCAGGAGGCACUGCACCCUCUGUCACACUGGGACUAGGCUGUUUGCCGCUUCCCUUCUAGGACCCCAGAGGGCUGUUACCGGCUACUCUGCCUUAUCUUGCAUGUUGGGUUCCAGAAAGUGAUGAAGUUUAAGGAAGGCUACCGCAAAUCUGCUUCAGAAAUACUUUGGAAAUACUUGAAUGCUUGUGAAAAUCCUAAAUAAAAGAUACGUGGGUUUUUGUUUUUCCUGUUGACUAGGGACUGUGAAUUAUGUUGAGCUCAGAUAAGAAUAUAAACUGGUAAGAAUAAUUCCAGGCUUAAUGGCCUGCAAAUUGCCUCCCUUCAUGAUCUCAUUUAAUCUUUUUUUAUAUUCACUGUCUUUGAGGUAUAAUUUACAUGCAAUAAAAUUGACACAUUAAGUGCAUAGUUUGGUGAUUUUGACAAAAGGCAAGAACAUUGCCAUCAUCCUAGAAUGUGUCCCCUCCACACUCUUGCCCCCACUGAUCUAACUGCUGUCUCUUAGAGAUUAGUUUUUCAGGUUCUAGAUGGCCUUUUAGCUCUGUAAAGCUAUAUGGGUGCUUUCCACUGCCCCUGCUCCAGGGAGGAUGGGGGCAGGGCAGGGAGUAACUGGCCACAGGUCAGAGUCUUGGGCUCCAGAGCACUUUGCUGUCACUUUGCUCUCCCUGGACUUUGCCUCUGUGACUGGACAUCUGAAGGAAAUGGUGGCAGAGCCACAGGAUUGAAUUCAGUUCCUGCAAAUUUAUACCUGGAGCAGUAUUUGAACUUGUGGGGUUUUUUUGUGACAAGGAGAAAUUGAGAAAUUACAAACAGACUGAAGACCUGCAGGGUCUCUUUGGGAAUCUGGACUGAGAAGGAUUAACCACUUGCUUUGCUGCAGCAGCAUCUCUGGACGACAUGGCCGAUGUAUUUGUGUACGGAACCCUGAAGCGAGGCCAGCCCAAUCAUAAUGUCCUGCUGGAUGGCACUAACGGCCGCGCAACCUUCCAGGGCCGAGGCCACACGGUGGAGCCUUACCCCUUAGUGAUUGCUGGAGAACAUAACAUUCCUCAUCUGCUGAACCUUCCCGGGCAUGGCCACUGCGUGGUUGGGGAGAUCUAUAGUGUGGACAAGCAGAUGCUGCACUUUCUUGAUGAGUUUGAAGGCUGCCCAGACACUUAUCAACGCACCCAGGUGAGGAUUGCGGUGCUGGAGUGGGAAGGCAUGCACAGCGCCCCUAAGGAGUCUCCAGCUGCUAAAAGGACCCUGCAGUGCUUUGUGUACAGCACAGCCACCUACCCACCAGAGUGGGUCCACCUCCCAUACCACAACAGUUACGACUCUCAGGGGACACACGGGCUUCGCUAUAAUCCACGGGAAAACAGAUAGAAAUUCGAGGAACGCUCAGCAGCCAAAGAAAAGACACAGCCCUGAUGGUUAUGAGAUUACCUCAGCUUGGUCUGCACUUACUGAAUGAAAAAAGCAUUAUAAUUCUCUUUGAAACAAAUAUGUGUAAAAACUCUAUCUGUGGAAAAAGAAAUGAUCUCUUUUUUAGUGACAGCCAGUUUCCCAGAUAAUUUUGACAUACUGAUAACAACAUUGUGCCCGAAAUCUCUCUUAUCAGAUACUGCUUUAUUGCUCGAUGCCUAAAGAGCACCAUGGGUUUGAAUGGAUUGGAUAAGAAAAAUUUAGGGUUUUAAUUCCCCUAAAUGACAUUUCAAGAACUCAUGUGUUAUCAUAGUUUUCUUUCUUUUUUUGCUUUGCUAAAAUCUGAAGAAAACAUUUCAAAUGAAUGUAAAGAGUUUGUGUUGCAGAUAGAUCUUAGCAGCCCUACUCUUUUUUUAUUGGUGCUACAGGUCAGAGUCAGUAAAUUUUUUACUCUGAUCUUGGAUGUCUCAAUGUAAUAAAAGAAACUCAAGAAAAAUAUGAUGUAUUUUAGAGUAGUUUUGGAAUAGAUAUAACAUUGUUCUUCACAGUUUUCAGAUCAAGCUUAUUAAAAAAGAGAUUAUUAAAGAUAAUAAUUUAAAAUUAAGCUAGAUAUUUUAGUAAGUCAAAUAAAGUGUUGAUGCUAUUUUGGGCCCUUUUCCUGGGCCAGUGUAUUUGGUAGAAUGCUUUUUUCGUUCUAAUUUAGCAAAAUAAUGAGCGCUUACUUGCUGGCAGACACAGUUGAUUUCAGAUAGAAGAAGCUCACCCAAGCCCAGAGCCCAGCAAGGCACUGUCCCUCCUUCCCAAAGGGAGUGGCAUUUGGGGUGACCUUUUUGGAGACAACCAGCGCAUUAGUAUUUUGUUCUUCAGGCCUGACAGAAAGCUUAGCUUCCUUAUACAAACAGCACUGAAAAUAAUUUUAGUCUAAAAAAUAAUAAUUUUAGCAAGGCACAAAGAACCAAUUACUACCCACUUCCAUCUGAUGAUCUGUCAGUGUAGAUUCAAGUCAGUGCAUGACUGCCUCUGCUUAUUUACUAGCAAAGUAUGAAAUGUAUUCUAGGAAUUUCAGAACCAAAUGAAAAUGCAGCUGCUGAUCCUUGGUAACCUCAUUCUCCACUGGGAGCACUCACUUACUCUCUUCAGCUUAAUAGUAGACUGUGAUCACUAACUGUAUCUAGUACAAAAAAACAUCAUUAUUUUAGCCCUUUUUUUUUUUUUAAAGAAGAUCGUCUUUUUUUAAAGAUUUUAUUUAUUUUAGAGGGGAAGGAAAGAGGGAGAGAAAUAUCAAUCUAUGGUUGUAUCAGUGUAUGGUUGCCUCCCAUGUGUCCCCUGCUGGGAACUGGCCUGCAACCCAGGCAUGUGCCCUGAUUGGGAAUCGAACCAUGAUCCUUUGGUUCGCAGGCCUGCUCUCAAUCCACUGAGCUACACCAGCCAGGACUUAACCCUUUUGUCUUAAUUGGAAACUUGCUUCACAAACAUACAAGGCAAGGAUGGGUAUCAGCUGAUGAGCUUGUAGCAGCCUCACCCACUACAAUUGGGGUGAGGGAGUCCUGUGGGAUGGGAAAGAGGGGAUCAUGUGAGUCAUCUCUCCCUAAGGUGACACCGUCCAGGGAUCCAACAGAUCCAUUCUUACCCAUUUGAGCCACAGAGGAAGGAUUUCCAAAAUCAUCUGUGUUAUAUGGACUUAAGAAGUAACUAAUAACCACAAACAGGAGUUAGGUGUCAACCAGGAUGAAGUAGGUAAUCAGAUUAUGAGGUAGCAAAUGCUAAUUUAAUAAAACUGAAGGCAAAGAGCUGGGAUUUAUAUAAAAUUUUUCAAGGAUUACAGUGAAAUGCUAUUAUGUAAAGUCUACUGGCAAAGCCCAUAGCCUCUGAGGUACAUUGUCUUCAUUCAAAAAAGAAAAAAAAGGGCAAACUAAUAUUUAGACAAAUGCUCAGUUUUAUUGAUUUAACUUUGACACUAGGAAAUCUCACAGCAGAAGUACAAAUCAUAUGUACAAGUAUUUAUAUCAAUAAAAAUUUCCAUUGGUGAUUUUUUGGCAGAAUGUUGGUUUUGACUAUAUAUGGAAUAAAUAUGACCAUGUAAAAUCUGCUGCACAGGGGUGUUCCUGCAAAAUGCUUGGAUAAAUUGAGUGUGAAAGAAUAAUAAUACAAAUGACUAAUAAAACUGGGUGAUGACUGAAA